AGUUACAGGCAGAUUUGGCAAGGUCACACCAAACCAGAAAACAAGAAUUAGGAGAGAGGAGCUAAAAAGCUGGCUAAAAAAGAGGGUUGUUUCUCGUCAAGGUCAAAACUUCAACCAAUGUAUUUGAAAGCCAACCACAAAAAAGAUAAAAUAAAGAACAAAUAAGAGAAAGAUUGGGAAAGUAAGCUCAUGAGAAAAGAGAGGAGAACAAGAAAGAAACGAGUGAUUUUCUGAGGUAAUUCUCCCUUUCUACAAGGAAAGAGGAAAUAAGAAGACAACUGCUGUUUCUCUCUGCAAUUUGUCUCUGAGAUCUUCCUUUCUCUGACAACAAUCUCAAGAUUUUCAGACGAAAAAUUCCAAAUCUUACUUCCUCCUCCUACUUAUCCACUUUCGAUCGCUCUCAUCAGAGGCGGACACGAUAAAUCUAGAUUGGAUUUUACAGCUAAGGCUGCCUGCGAAAGAUGACACACAUGGGUUGUCAAAAUCCCAAAAACCAGAUUCAAGGUAUGUCAGAUGAACAUCCCUCUAAACUCUCUGAAUUGUAUUAAAAAUCGUUGCUUUCUUGUCCCAGACUCAUCUACUGUGGUUUCUGCCCAUACCCAUUUCAAUUUUCUGGGAGAUCUGGACGUGUUAAUGGUGUCUGGGUUCUGCUAUGCUUAUGGGUAUUUAGUUUCAGGAAGUUCUGGUCUGGGUCUCGAACCUGGCCGUAAAGUUGCAUUGAAAUUGGGUUUGGGUCGAAAUUGGGUGGUGGGUUUGGAACCAAAGCAGAAGCUGGAAUUGAAAUUGGGUCUUGAUUUUAUUUUGAAUAUUGAAUUGAUGAACGUUUCAAUUGCUGGGUGGUUUGGAUGAAAGAUGUGAGGUAAUGGUAUCAUCUGCUUCAUCAGUAUCAUCUGGAUUAAUGAAGAUCAUUACACCCUGUUGGAAGUCUUAUGGAGAGGGCAGCGACGAUUCUAAUACGAGCGGAGAAGGAAGUGGCCGAUCAGAUGGGUUGCUGUGGUAUAAGGACUCAGGUCACCAUGUUAGUGGUGAAUUUUCAAUGGCAGUGAUCCAAGCAAAUAGCUUGUUGGAGGAUCAGUGUCAACUUGAAUCAGGGCCACUGAGCUCGCUCUGUUCAGGUCCACAAGGGACGUUCGUUGGGAUCUAUGAUGGUCAUGGAGGUCCAGAGACUUCUCGAUUCAUAAAUGAUCACCUCUUUCAUAAUCUCAAGAAAUUCACUUCAGAGAAUCAGGGGAUGUCAGCUAAUGCUAUCAGCAAAGCAUUUUUAGCAACAGAGGAAGAGUUCUUAUCACUCGUAAAGAAACAGUGGCUAAAUAGCCCACAAAUUGCAUCAGUGGGAUCGUGUUGUUUGGUUGGAAUAAUAUGUAACGGAUUGUUAUAUAUUGCGAAUGCUGGAGAUUCUCGGGUGGUACUAGGGAGAUUAGAGAAGGCCACCAGAGAAGUCAGAGCUAUUCAAUUGUCAACAGAGCAUAAUGCAAGUUUUGAAUCUGUGAGAGAGGAGCUGCGCUUGUUGCAUCCUGAUGAUUCACAAAUUGUGGUUUUAAAACACAAAGUUUGGCGUGUGAAGGGCCUUAUACAGGUUUCAAGAUCCAUUGGUGAUGCAUAUCUGAAAAGGACAGAGUUCAACAAAGAACCUCUACUAUCAAGGUUUAGACUACCUGAACCCUUCGACAGACCAAUCCUUAGUGCUGAGCCAUCAAUGUUUGUUCAAAAAGUCCACCCUCAAGAUCAGUUUCUUAUAUUCGCCUCCGAUGGUCUAUGGGAGCACCUUAGCAAUCAAGAGGCUGUUGACAUUGUCCACAACAAUCCACAUAAUGGGAUUGCUAGGAGGCUUGUUAAAACUGCACUCCGAGAAGCGGCUAAAAAAAGAGAAAUGAGGUACUCAGACCUGAAAAAGAUUGAUCGGGGGGUGAGGAGACAUUUCCAUGAUGAUAUCACGGUUAUAGUUUUAUUUUUAGACCCGCAUCUUAUUAGCCGGAGCUCAUGUCGUGGUCCUCCUGUUUCCAUAAGAGGAUCUGGGGGGUUGCCUACACAUGCUAGCCCCUAGUUGAAGAAGUUCUACAUCUCUUUCAACCCUUUCUCCCCAUUUGUACUAGGGAGAAGGCAAAAUUUUAUUUAUGUAUACUGACCGAUGCUCCCCAGAGUAUUUCUUCAUCAAUCUCUCUCAGAGACAGCAUAGAUGAUGAUUUAAGCUGGGAAUGCCAAGGGAGAAAAUUUUCUCUUUGUAAAAGUUGGUUGGGAUAGGCAUAAAAAUUAAGAAUGGAAGCAAGGUUUAACA